AUCAGAUCCAUUUAAAACCUCUUCACGCUUCCGCCGCUUUACAACUCCCCACCCCGGCCAGCACAGCACUCACCCAGGGCGGCGCCCGCCGGCAAUGGCUUCGGCGGAGUACGGCGGCGACUACCUGCGUCGGUUCGUCGCGGAGACGGAGUGGUACAACGAGAUCGUCCUGAGCACUGUGGCGCCCGGCGAUUCGUGGCGCGGGCUGCCGCACCCGGUGCAGUCGUGGAUGCGCAACUGCGUGGGCGGCUACCUCCUCUACUUCAUCUCCGGCUUCCUCUGGUGCUUCGUCAUCUACUACUGGAAGCGCCACGCCUACAUCCCCAAAGACUCCAUCCCUACAAAUGAAGCUAUGAAGAAGCAAAUUGUUGUUGCGUCGAAGGCUAUGCCUUUCUAUUGUGCUCUUCCAACUUUAUCUGAGUACAUGAUUGAGAGCGGAUGGACACGAUGCUUCUUUAAUAUCAGCGAGUUUGGCUUGUCAAUGUACUUCAUUUAUUUGGCUUUAUAUCUCAUCUUUGUGGAGUUUGGAAUUUACUGGAUGCACAGAGAGUUGCAUGACAUAAAACCAUUAUACAAAUAUCUACAUGCGACCCACCAUAUUUACAACAAGGAAAAUACCUUGUCUCCAUUUGCUGGGCUUGCGUUUCAUCCAUUGGAUGGGAUUUUGCAAGCAACACCUCAUGUGCUUGCCCUCUUUAUUUUUCCAACGCACUUCAGGACGCACAUUGCUCUCUUAUUCUUAGAGGCUGUGUGGACAACGAACAUCCACGACUGCAUUCACGGCAAGAUAUGGCCGGUCAUGGGUGCCGGCUACCAUACCAUUCACCAUACAACUUACCGCCACAACUAUGGCCACUUCACCAUCUGGAUUGACUGGCUAUUUGGCACACUCCGUGAGCCGGAAGAUAUACUGAAGAAGGCUUGAGUUAUUUACACCUGCGUUUUCUCCCUUGUCUGUGAGUGUAGGGUCUGUAAUCUGUUCAGCCUGCUCGUCACUGUCUGUUGCCUUAAGCAUCGGUGUAUUAUUUUAGUAUGCUAGGUGAAUAUCAUUGUGUUUAUCCCCUAAUUUAGCACUGUUUCACAUGCUGCAAUGGAAUUCAGGACGAAUGAAACUUUGCCAGACACAUUCUGGAUUCCAGCUGCUUGUACAAUGCGGCACCUCAAUGUCAAUAUAAGAUGAAAUGCAUUUCUUCUA